AAAGGCACUGGGGGAUUCACUGGAGACCAGGAGGCUGCUCAGCUAGAGGACACACCCCAGGGCCCACAGCUGGGGGAGCUUACUGCAGGCAUUCAGGAGCGACUGGCGGCGUAAAGAUAAGUCUGGCUUCCAGCAGGAGAACAGCCCGCUGAGGGGGGGGGCACCAUCACAGCAAUCAGCUCCCUGCUGCAGCCACGGAGAAGACCUCAGCGAAGGCUGGGGUGGCCAGAGCUGCGGGGGCUUCAGGGCCGGAGAGGAGCAGAGCAGGCUGUGGGGAGCGAGCGUCACGGGGUGCCAGCCUGCUGUCCCACUACUGAGGAAGAGGAACGCCAGGGUGAGGAAGACACAGCGAGGAGGGCCAGAACGGGAGACGACCAGCCGAGAGCAGCAUGAGUUUGAGUGGCACCCUGGACAAACACGCGGCCCCCCAGCUGGGGAUGGACCUGGGGGAGGACUCCCACUCACAGCACGCGCAUCUCCAUCAUUCCAACUCCGUGGCCUCCACAGCCCCCACAGGGAGCCAAGCAGGGGUAUCGGGGGUGGUGGUGCCGCCUCCGUACUCGGCUGCAGAAAGCGGGGGGGAUGCCCCUCUAGAGCUGCGGGGGUCGCUAGACUGCUGGGCCUGCUCAGUGCUGGUGACUGCACAGAACUUGGUCAUCGCUGCCAUCAACGCCGGAUUGGCUGGCCUGGUGUUCGGUCUCAUCCUCACGCCUGCCAUCGUCAUGGUGGUGUUCGGCUUCCUGUGCCACUCCACGGUGCGGCCCAAUGGAUCGGCCCAGUACUGCUCAGAUCUGCUGAGUGACGGCGGCUGUGUGGCCCUGCUGGUAGUGGGCUUUCUCCUGGUGACGCCGCUGCUCGUGUUGGCACUCGCGGCUUACUGCCGCCUGGCCCGGCACCUGCAGCUGGGCCUCUGCUUCAUCCCUUACAGUCGCGCUGUCUACAAGAACCUGCCUGCCUCCCAGCACCGUGGUCUUGCAGGGGGGUGCUGUGGCCAGCAGGGGGCGGCAGAGGGCAGGGCUAAGGCCAAAGUAUGGGUGUGAGGACUUGUUAGAAGGAGGGGUACACAAGUGCCUUGCCUCAAAUUUCAGGGAGGUGGGAAAAAAAACAACACUGGGAGUCCUGGAGAGUACUGGUGACAGUGGGCUUCUUAUAAAGCCUGCACCCAGAUAUUGACUGGAUUAAUUACAUUUCUAUGCAUAUAUGUAAACAUGCUUUCAUUAUAACCUGGGACCUAUUGUAACAUGUUUUAUAUAUUUAUACUAACCUCUGUGCAAGUUAAUGUUAUUUUCAGCUUAAAUACAUUUCUCAAAAAUA